AUGACUAUCUUAGGAUCACUUUCAACUAUGGGUAAUGUAAAGCCAGCCUCAAUCACAAAGAGUUCAUUUGGAUCAUCAUUCGGUGGAGUAUCAUCUCAAUCAUCAAAUAAUGUUGCAUGUGGAGGUUGUGGUGGUGGAAAUGGAAUCAAUAUCGAUGCCAAUGUCAAUAUCAACUUGGGUGCAACCAUUGGUGGUGUUCUUGGUGUUGUUGGUGGAUUGUUGGGUGGUGUCUUGGGUGGUGGGUGGAUGUCACACUUGUCCAUAAAUAUGAAUGAACCCCAUAUAUUUUUCGAAUCAAACUUGUAUUAA